AUGUCGAACAACAUCCCCUUUGAAAUCCAAAUGGAAAUCAUUCAUAGAAUUCCUGAUAUAAAAUGGGUGGUUCAAUACAGAUCGGUGUCGAAAGCAUGGAAGUCGAUGAUCGAUAGCAAGAAGUUUGUUACCGGUCGUACCCGCCGCCACAUCCAGCAGCAGCCCCGUCGUCUGCUUAUAAGAGGUAAAGAUUUCUACGAUUCUCAGCAGGAGGUAAAAUAUGUGUCCAUUGUCGAUGAUGACACUUUCCCACUUCAAAAGUUUAAUUUGUCUGUUCCCGAUUUUUGUAGAAAAACACGUUUAGUCGGUAGCUCUCAUGGCUUGUUUUGCUUUUACGAUUUUAAAAGAAAUAUGGUUAUUUGGAAUCCUUCAAUAGAGAAUUUCGUCCUUACUGUCGUAGAUUAUAAGGUGUGUAGUAGGAUUAAUGUUUUUUUUGGGGUUUGUCCUAACACUCUUGAUCCUAAGAUUCUCAAGAUUCCGUAUCGUGUAAGAAAUGCAACCACCCAAGUUAAGGUAUUUACAUUGAGUUUAGGGGCUUGGAGAAGUCCACUAAGCAACACUUGUCCUCGUGAAUCGAUUUCAAUGGGAUCCUCUCAGGCAGUUGUUGACGGAUUUAUUUAUUGGAAUGCCUAUGAUAGCAUUGAAGUGGAUGGUGGGUUCCGAACAAGUGGUGCACCCAUAGUUGAAAUCGGGAAAUCUUUACCUACGCUUGUUGCUUAUGAGCCUGAAUCAAAGGACAUCAAUAGAUUGAGUGAAUGCAUUUUGUACUAUCUUGCUUUCAACUUGACUUGUUUGGUUAAGAUUUCAUGA